CUAUCAUUGUCAUCUCGGCUCUUCUAGCCAUAGUUUCCUGCAGAAGACAUGUAGGAAAGAUGGAAUCAGGGUGCAACUGUGUAUGUGGUGUGUCAGGACGGAACCAGAGAAUUGUCGGUGGUACCAGAGCAGUCGCCCACGAGUUCCCCUGGAUCGCCACGCUGAGCUACAAUGGAACCUUCUACUGCGGGGCAUCCCUUCUCACUCCAAAGCAUCUUCUCACAGCUGCUCACUGCUUAUAUGGGAAAUCUGCUAAACAUAUCCAAGUUGGCUUGGGAGACCAUAACAGAAACCAGGACGAGAAAGGAGAGCUGAAGAGGUUGAGGGUGAGACGGGCAGCGAUGCACCCGGACUUCAGCAUCUCCAAGAUCAAGAACGACAUUGGCAUCGUCGAACUGGAGGCACCGGUAGGAGUACAGGGACCGACCAUUCGAACAGUCUGUCUUCCUACUCACCCGGACAUGGACUACAGCGGCCUGGAGGGAGUGGUGGCGGGCUGGGGGCGGGACAAGGAGCAGGGCACGGUGGCCACGGUCCUGAGGAAGGUCACCCUGCCGCUCAUCAGUAGGGAGGACUGCGCCAACAAGUUCGGCUACUGCAGCAACAAGAUCCUCGACACCAACUUCUGCGCCGGCCUGCCCAAGGGAGCCAAGGAUGCCUGUCAGGGAGAUAGCGGAGGGCCGCUCCACCUUAAUGCCAGCGGUGCAGGAAGCCACAUGGAGUUAAUUGGUGUCGUUUCGUGGGGAAGAGGUUGCGCUCGGCCGAACUACCCAGGUGUGUACACACGAGUUGACAAGUACAUGUCCUGGAUCAAUCAGCAAAUCGGGUCGGAGUGCCUUUGCAGACCUCCAAUGAAGAACUAAGUACAACUUCCCUUAGCUACUACUGAAUCUAGUCUCUUAUGAAUCGAAUUUAUUAUUUAUUUUAGAUGUAAUUAUAAUAUUAUUUAUUA